UGAGUCGAACAAAGAACAAUAGCAUCGAUAUGCCGAUACUUGAUAUAGUGUGUCCAAUAUGUACAGAUGUUUUCAAAAACUCCGAUGAUGUCUAUAGCACUAGUUGUGGCCACAUUUUCCACUUAUCUUGUAUGGAGGAAUGGAAGAGAAGAGAAUCAAGUUGUCCCCAGUGUCGUCAUAAUAAUCCAACAACCCAUAAACUGUUUUUAAGUUUUGAUAAUUCGGAUGAAAAUUCGAAUACUCUAAAAGAACUUGAGUUAAAAUUGAAAAGUUCAAAUGAAUACAAUGCCAAACUUCUUGAUCAAAUGAAUGAGACCGAGUUCAAUUUCAUGCAUAUUCAGGAACAAUUUACAGCUAUUGAAGAUGAGAACAGAAAGCUUAAAGAAGAAAUCAGACAAUUAGGCGAUAUUAAAGAAAACUUUUUACGUCUUCAAGGGCAAUAUACGAAAUCUUUGGAGUUUGUCAAAGAACUACAAAGACAGAUACAACACUUAUUAAUUGCAAAUGAAGCUAAAUCCGAAGAGUUAAAAUUAAAAUGUUUGGAAAAUGAAACAAUAAAAGCCAGCUUAGAGACAGCACAGCAUGUCAUAGCCGAUGAUUUUCAAAUUGAUAAGAUACAGAUUUUGGAACGGAAAUUGAAACAUCUUACUGUCAAAUUAGAAAAGGAAAUAACAACUAGUACUCAACUCUCUAUUGAUAAAGUCAAAUUACAAAGUUAUAUAGAGAACUUGACAUCUGCAGAAAAUACUAAACAUUAUGUUCCACAACAAACUAAUAAGAGAGCAAAUUUCGUCGUCAAUAAUGAUAAAAAUGAUGAUAAAAUAAAUCAAGUUAAAACAGGUCUAUCACCGCCAACUAUUGUUGCUGAUAAUAAUUCUGACGCUAACAGUGUUUUGGUAAAAGGUUUUACCGAGCUACAAAUAAAAGCCAUUCCAAAAAUAAAUAUUAUUAACUUGGGACGUCAUAUGAAAUUAAAAAUAUCAGAAAAGGAUAUUGUUAAAGUGUGCACCAAGGAAAAUAAGUAUAAUGAACGACAUAAUCUUAAGUCCGGAAAAGUCAAUUUAAUUGUAGAGUUUCGUAGCUCAGAACUAAAAGUUGAAUUUCUUAAAAAUAAGGACAAAUUAAAGCAGUAUUCGAUUUUGAAAGAUAUAGAAAUCAUCGAUUAUGUGAGCGAUGAGAUAUUUAAUUUGUAUCAAUAUGCGAAAAUUUUAAAAUCGCAUGGCUACGACGCAAUCUAUUGGAGAAAUAAUAGUGUUUAUGUCAAAAAAACUCGAUCGAAUCUUUCUGAGCCAAUAUUAAUAAAGUCUAAAAACCAUGUGGAUACGUUAAAAGAACAAAUAUAAUAUAAAACAACGUUUUUUAUGUAUUGCUUUUACAUUUUGAGCAUUUUUCUAUAUAAAAAUAUAUAAAAUUACACUGAAAUGUAGAUUUAAAUACUAUUAUUUAUUAAUGUUCAACUCUUUUUAAUAACAAAAUUAUUUUUUUUUUUUUGUAAUUUAAAUCUAGCUGUUUAUUAAAACAAAAGUAUGAAAAAAAUAUUUCUUUUCAAAAAACAUUAUAUGUUUUAUAUAAGGUUGGCAAGCUAUCGUUACAACUAAAAUACCGAAAAAUGUCAAAAUACCGAUAACCCUAAGACACCGAUACCGUUAUCGUUAUUCUAUUAAAAAUUCCAAAAAUGAAAUAAAUGCUUAAAACGGUAGAGUACUAAAAUAUCUUUUUAGAACACUACUGUUACCGCUAAAAUACCGUUACCGAAAUAAGCCAAAAUACUGUUUUGGAACUACUCUUUUUGAAAUACUAUUUCUAAUAACGUAAGAAUCUAAUAAAGCUCCGCUUUAUUGCAACUUUAUUGGAAGUUUCUAAAGGUGAUGAAAUAUUGUUUGCCACCAAUUGUAUGCUUGUUCGACCUCUAUGAAGAAAACAAACUUUUUUCAACUUUAACAAUCUUUCUUAGAGUUGCAAAAAAAAGUACUUUUUCCGUAUGCAAGUGGAUAACUACAAAAAAAUGUAAACAAAAAGAAAACAAACCAUAACGAACGCAUUGCUUUAUUUAUAAAAUUUUGAACAAUUGGCAUAAAAUUUAAAAUCUUAUUUGAGCACCAAAACUGAAAUAUGUAAUCGAUAAUUAAUCGAAAAACGAAUCGAUCUAUGUAUUAAAUAUUCUUCGCGGUACUUGUUAUGAGAUGCUGUGAUGUGACAAACUUUAAAGAAAUUACAAAUUUAACAAAAAAAGUGUUUAUACCUACUUAAAAAAAAAUAAAAAUAUUCUUUGAGCAAAGAUAGACUAAUUGAUUCCCAUAUUGAUUUCAUUUAUGGGUACUUCCAUGGUAAAAAUAUCAAGGUAGUGUCAUUCUCUCUUUUUGUCGCCAUAUUAACCUUCUGACGUUUGCUGGUAUUUUAUAAAAUCGAGCUACCAUACUCAUUGCAAAAAUACUACAUAUUUUGUUUAUUGAAAAGUCAAAUAUAAAAUAAUAUCUCAAAAAAAUUUUUGAAAAUAUAAAAAAUAAAAUCAAAGGAAUUAAAUAA